AGCUGCGCUGUGCAGUAGGAAUAGGAAAGACCAACUUUUCCCGGUUCCGCACGUGGCGCCAGCAAUGGGCGUCUCCGUAGCAACAGCAGCGGCGUCGUUUAUCUGUCUCUCUCUAAACCUCACCCUCUGCCACGUGUACCGAGAGUCCCCUUCGCUCGCAGAUACCGUCGCCAGUUCCGUGCCUGUCGCACGGACAGUGGUCGCCUCGGCCUCUCCCGCAGAAUGCGGCGAGCGGGUAUUUAUUCGCGCGAAGGACGCCGUAGCUGCGACAAUGCGCGACUACGGGAGUGCCGCUGGUCGCUUGAGCUGGCUGCCUGUGAUUGGCCGGGCGCCGUCCGGGGAGUGGAACGAACAGCAGCUGCAGGGCAGCCCAUGGCGUGCCACGUGUCCCACGCCCUUCCUCAAAACGGACACCUCUCUCCUUGCCCUGCCGCCUGCAAUAGCGUUCCUCAACCCCGCUGCCUUCACCUCUCUCCAAAGCCUCACCUCUGGCGAUGAGGACUAUAAAGAGGAUGGCGAGGGUGAGAGCGAGGUCUUCCCCUCCCCGGCCGAACUUGCUGCUGCCGCUGCUGCUGCUGGCAAUGAGGCCGAGCUCUGCAUUGAAAUCCGCAGGGAGAGAGGCAGGAGGGCGGAUAGAGCCUCCCGAAGGACUAGCAGACAAGCUGUGCCGCCCAGCAGGGAGGGAGUGGCCGGCAGAGGCAGAGGUGGUGGGAGGGAGGGGAGGGGUGAGACGGGAAGUAGGGGGGUCGCGGAAGGGGAGAGGAGAAGAGCUGAGGAGAGUGGGGAGGGGAGGAGGGGAAGGAGAAGCCGGAGGUGGGAGGACCAGGAGAGGGAAAGGGAGAGGAAGAAGCAGGAAGAGGUGUCUGCAGGGCGGCAGGAGAGGAGCGAGGAGAGGAGGAAGGGGAGAGGGGAGGAGAGGAGUCAGCGAGGGAAGGGAGGUGGGGGGGCGGGGGUGAGGGAGGAGGGGAGAGGAGGCGGUGGGAGGGGGAGAGAUGGGGAGAAGGGUCAGACAGCAGACAUAGCAUCGUCCUUGGAAGCAGCUAUGAGGCUGGUGCAAAUGGGCGAUCCCAGAAACGCACUUCAGAUAUUCACCAAGCUGCAGGAGUUGGGAGCGGAGGAGACAAUGGUGCUUCUGGCAUGGCGUGGCAUGGCGCACGCCCUUGCAGAGCAGUAUGACCAAGCACUAAGUGACUUUAACAAGGCCAUAGCGCAGUCGCCCAAGGCAGCGAGCCAGAUCCUCCGGCAGAGGGCAUCGGUGCUGGGCAUCAUGGGGAGGCACAAGGAGGCCAUUGCUGAUUGGACGACAGUGAUCAACGAGGAUCCAAAAGAUGCUGGCGCGAGACAAGAGAGAGGAGCGGCAUACGUGAACGCCAACGCCUAUUCUGACGCCCUGCCAGACCUCUACGCUGCCAGGGAGAUCGCCCCGAAGCUCUUCAAGCCGCACCUCUUCCUUGGCCUGGCGCUCACAGCAACAGGGGCGCCAUUCGAAGCCGUCAAAAGCUACGAGGCGGCUAUGGCGAUGAACCCGGGGGUGAAGGAGGGCUGGACCAACUGGGGGCAGACGAUGAAGGAAAUAGCUAUGUUCAAUGAAUCGGAGAGAUGCUACAAGCGAGCACUAGAGGUGGAUAGCAGUUUCCUGCUCGCAUACAAGCUGUGGGCGAAGCUAAGGCACAGUGUGGGCGAUCACAGCGGGGUGAUCCGUCUCCUACAGGAGGGACUCAAGCGCCACCCCAGCAAUGUGGAGCUGCGCUACUUUGAGGCGUCCUGCUACCACGCCACGGGGGACUUCUCCCAGGCCGUGACUCUCUACGAUCGCAUUCUCUCUCUGCAGCCGUCGGGCGAUGAGAGGUUCCAGUACCUCGCCUUCUACCAGCGGGAGAUAGCAGCACAUAUGGCAGUGAACGUGAAUGCGCCCUUCUCCCACUUCAGCCUCGACGACCACUUCAACCGCGUCUUCAAGGAGGGCUGGGCCAAUGCGCAGUUCCCAGGGCAACUACCAGCCAGGGGGUACCAGAUGCAGGACCUGCAGGCGGUGUUCCGCACACAAAGGCGGCAGCACAGGCGCAAGGGGGAGAGGAAAUUCGAGGCGAACCGAGAGGCGUUGCUGCAAAAAGCUGACGCCAUUGGGCGGCUCGUUCAGUACAACACCACUGGGUUCCUGCCUAACUUGCGACAGCAACAAGCAGCAGGUCUGGCAGCGCUAGACAUAAUGCAGACAGUGAGGAAGGCAUGGGGGGAGUGGAUGGGGAGGGGGCAGGUGGCGAGGGGCCUCAGUGCGGAGGAGGUGGAGGAGGGGGUGGGGGUGGGGUGGCGAGACGUGUAUGGCAUUGGUGUGAGAUGGAGGCAGAUUGCCGAACCCAACGACCCCAUCGUGUGGAUCGACGGGCUCACGCGGGAAGCAUUUGAGACCGGGUUCGGAUCGGUCACGCCUAUGGUGUCCGGGCAGACUCGAAACAUUCGCUACUCCAUGAAUGCUGACCGCGCGUUCAAGAUCGUGCGGCAGGAGAUGCUGCACCACGGCAAGGUGUACGGCGAGAUGGACGAGGAGAUUCCCCUCAGUCAAGAGGCGCUGAGGAAGGUGGAGCGGGCAACCAACUUCAACCAGCUGUGGGACGCCGUGCAGAGAGGCUUCUUUGUCUUCACCCCCUGCAAGAGCACCGCCUUCCCAGACAAGGUAUUGAACGGCACUCGCCUCACCAUCACUGCCACUGACCCCGGGCAGGAGUUUGCGAUUCGCACGCCGCUGACGCCCAACCGGUGGAGAGACUUCGACAUGGAGAUGGGGGCUGCAUGGAAGGACGUGUGCCUGGCAGUGGCACACACGUCUCUGCGUGCCUCCGAUCCUCAGGCCUACCGCAAGGCCAUUCAAGACAACAUCCUGCGCAUGGCGUACUACUGGUACAACUUCAUGCCAUUGGCCCGCGGCACGGCAAUGAACGGCUACGUGAUGACGCUAAGCCUGCUGCUGGCAGUCGACCUGCAAGUCUCCCAGCCCAUCCCCAGGGGCGUGCAGGUUGACUGGGAGUCCAUCCUGUGCCCCUCAUCUGACAUCUUCAUCAAGAGUGUCUCCUCGUGGCUCUACCCAGCGCUGGUUGAGGCUCCCGAUGCUGCCAGCAUUCCCAGCGUGCGAGAGCACUUCCCCACCAUCGGAGAUGUUAUCGAGGCACUCAGUAGCGCGUUCAAAGAGUGAUAGCUUCGACAGCUGUUAGUUGAGUGUGCAAUCCCCUCUGUAGUGGAUUCUAGUGGUGCCUCAAUGAAUGAAAACCCUAUGACAAGGAAAUUAGCCAAUGUAAUGGCAGUUGAGACCUACAAGUUGCUU